UCGGCCGGAUGUUGUUGUGAGCCCGGGAGACACGUGAGGCCCUGCUACGUCAUCACCAGGCACGCGCGGGCGAACAUGGCGGCGGCGGGCGUUGUGAGCGGGAAGAUUGUAUAUGAACAAGAAGGGGUAUAUAUUCACUCAUCUUGCGGAAAGGCCAGUGACCAAGACAGCUUAAUUUCAGGAAUAUUACGUGUUUUAGAAAAGGAUGCUGAAGUAAUAGUGGACUGGAGACCAUUGGAUGACGCAUUAGAUUCUUCUAGUAUUCUGUGUGCUGGAAAGGACUCCAGUUCAGUUGUAGAGUGGACCCAGGCCCCCAAAGAAAGAGCUCAUCGAGGAUCAGAACACCAGAACAGUUAUGAAGCAGAGUGGGACAUGGUUAAUGCAGUGUCGUUUAAAAAGAAACCACAUACCAAUGGAGAUGCUCCAGGUCAUAGAAAUGGGAAAAGCAAAUGGUCAUUCCUGUUCAGUUUGGCAGACCUGAAGUCAAUCAAGCAAAGCAAAGAGGGCAUGGGCUGGUCGUACUUGGUGUUCUGUCUAAAGGAUGACGUCGUCCUCCCUGCUCUGCACUUUCACCAAGGAGAUAGCAGACUACUGAUUGAGUCUCUUGAAAAAUACGUGGUGUUGUGUGAGUCGUCACAAGAUAAUAGAAUACUUCUUGUCAAUUGUCAGAAUAAGAGUCUUUCACAGUCUUUUGAAAAUCUUCUUGAUGAACCAGCAUAUGGCUUAAUACAAGCAGGACUGCUAGACAGAAGAAAGCUGUUGUGGGCCAUUCACCACUGGAAAAAAAUUAAAAAGGAUCCUUAUACAGCAACUAUGGUAGGAUUUUCCAAAGUUACAAACUACAUUUUUGAUAGUUUGAGAGGAAGCGAUCCCUCUACACAUCAACGACCACCUUCAGAAAUGGCAGAUUUUCUAAGUGAUGCUAUUCCAGGUCUAAAGAUAAAUCAGCAAGAGGAACCGGGAUUUGAAGUCAUCACAAGAAUUGAUUUGGGAGAGCGACCUGUCGUUCAGAGGAGAGAGCCUGUGUCUCUGGAAGAAUGGACCAAGAGUGUUGACUCUGAAGGAAGACUCUUAAACGUGGAGAGCAUGAAGCAGAUGAUAUUCAGAGGGGGUCUUAGUCAUUCAUUGAGAAAGCAAGCAUGGAAAUUUCUUCUGGGUUAUUUUCCUUGGGAUAGUACCAAAGAGGAAAGAACUCAAUUACAAAAACAAAAAACUGAUGAGUACUUCAGGAUGAAGCUGCAGUGGAAGUCUGUCAGUGAGGAGCAAGAGAAGAGAAACUCAAGGUUGAGAGAUUAUAGAAGUCUGAUCGAAAAAGAUGUCAACAGAACGGAUCGAACAAACAAGUUUUAUGAAGGGCAAGAUAACCCAGGACUGAUUUUGCUUCAUGACAUUUUGAUGACCUACUGUAUGUAUGAUUUUGAUUUAGGAUAUAUACAAGGAAUGAGCGACUUACUUUCCCCUCUUUUGUAUGUGAUGGAGAAUGAAGUGGACGCCUUUUGGUGCUUUGCCUCUUACAUGGACCAAAUGCAUCAAAAUUUUGAAGAACAAAUGCAAGGCAUGAAGACCCAGUUAAUCCAGCUGAGCACCUUACUGAGAUUAUUAGACAGCGGAUUUUGUAGCUAUUUAGAAUCCCAGGACUCUGGAUAUCUAUAUUUUUGCUUCAGAUGGCUUUUAAUCAGAUUUAAAAGGGAAUUUAGUUUUCUAGAUAUUCUCCGAUUAUGGGAGGUAAUGUGGACGGAACUGCCCUGUAAGAACUUCCAUCUUCUUCUGUGUUGUGCUAUCCUGGAGUCAGAAAAGCAGCAGAUAAUGGAAAGGCGUUAUGGCUUCAAUGAAAUACUUAAGCACAUCAAUGAAUUGUCCAUGAAAAUUGAUGUGGAAGAUAUACUAUGUAAAGCCGAAGCAAUUUCCCUACAGAUGGCACAGUGCAAGGAAUUGCCACAAGCAGUUUGUGAGAUCCUGGGGCUUCAGGACAGCGAAGUUACAACGCCAGAUUCAGACACGGGUGAGGAUGAAAACGUUGGCACUGCUUGUCCCACAUCUGCGCCUCGGAGUAACACCUUGCCCAUCCUCGCUGCUGCCAGUGAAGCCAAAGACGACAGCCCAGCACAGACAUUAUCAUCCCCAAACGCCUGCAGAUUAACACCUGCAUGAUCAUUUGUCUUACAUUUUUUAAGAGAUACUUUGUUGUAAUUCCUUUUUAAGUACAUGCAAGGUAGACAUUUACAGUCUUGGUAUUGAUCAUGCUUUAAGUUUUAUGGAAAGACAGUGUACUGAUGUUCUUGCAUUAAAGCUUUACAAAGUUUUAAACUAA